AGAGUUUGGAGCGUUUGCCGCAAACUUUCAUGAAGAGGAAAAAGUGUCUGGGUUAGGGACUUGUCAAGGCCAAUCAGAGCUGAAGUAUGGACGACGGAGUGGAAUCAUUGAACAGCAGAGGUGAGAGUCCUCUGAGCCCGACUCAGCUGACAGGAUUGGGGACGAGCUGUCUCGUCAACCAGAAGUAUAGGCACUGUGGGCCGGGCCUCGCUAGUCCUCAGGAGUACAACCAGUGGCUGCCUUUCCGUCAUGACGCCAACCUGCUGCCAAUGAAAGAAGAUCUGGCUCUCUGGCUCAACACCAUCAUGGGUGUGGACCUCACCGCCGACAGUCUAAUGGACAGACUGGACAAUGGUGUUCUUCUUUGUCAAAUGGCCCAGUUCCUCCAAGACAAGAUGAGCCACAGUAACAACGGCAAGCCUUUCCCGAGAAGAGUGAUCCACUGGAGAGCUGAUGCAACGUCAGGAUCAUUCUUUGCCAGAGACAACACAGCAAACUUCCUCUAUUGGUGUUGCAAGAUUGGUGUCGACAGUGCCCACCUUUUUGAAUCUGAGGAUUUGGUCCUCCACAGACAACCUCGGGAGGUGUGCCUCUGCUUGAUGGCGCUGGGAAGGAUUGCCGCCAGGUAUGGAGUGGAUCCUCCAAACCUAGUGAAGUUGGAGAGCGAGAUAGAGAGGGAGGAGGCAGGGCACACAUCUCCAUCGGCCCCGCUACCCUUCUCCUUUUUUCCAUCCCCGGCGCUUUGCUCACGAUCACCGACCACUCCUUCCUCACCAGUGCCCCUUACUCCAAGUAUAACCUGUCUUCGUGAAGACCACACCCCCCUCGUCACCUCUGAUCGUCCAUCAGCCACCACAGACCCAAUGCCCAUAUGCUUAUCCCCCCCUCAGUCCUACUUGUCUGGCCCUAAACUCUGCACAACUUCCACACAAACCUCCAAUAGCACAUCUACAGCUUCGCUUGGCCACACCCAAACGGCUACAGCAGCAACACCUCCUACAGCCUCCCGGCCGCCAAACCCGAACUAUCAUUCCAAAUACAGCAGCCGAAAGAGCAACAGCACACCCAACAUUUUGGAUGACAUUGUGAGAAACAUAAUCGAAAAUCCACCCUGCAGCUGUCCGAACAGGUUUCCCAUUGAAAAGCAGCCCAAAGGCUGUUAUCGUGUCGGGGAAAAAGUUCUUUACAUACGAAUGCUGAACGAGCGUCACGUUAUGGUACGCGUGGGUGGAGGCUGGGAGACUUUUUUAAGCUACCUGCAGAAACAUGACCCCUGCAGAGGAGGAGCGGUGGUCAGGGGCUGUCGGGACAAAGUAAAGCCACUCGCUUGUCACAUGUCAGCUGACAGCUACAUGGUGGUGAACGCCCAUUACCGAGGCAAGAAGUAGGCUCCUUCAUCCAAGCCAGAGGUGUCCAAAGUGCGGCCCCGAGGGGGGCAUUUUUGACUACACAUUUUAAAAAUAACAUUUUUUAACAAAAAUUUGAAGUAAAAGAGCAAAGAAGUGAAAUGUAAUGAGAAAAACACAAAGCUACCAUGCAGACAUUUUUUUUUUUUUUUUUAAACUGUCAGUAAUGAAUCAAAAUUAUUGUUGUUGUGAAUUAUUGACCUAUUUAAGGUUCUAAUUAGAGAUGUCCGAUAAAUGCGUUAAAAUGUAAUAUCGGAAAUUAUCGGUAUGUUUUUUUUUAUUAUCGGUACCUUUUUUUUUUUUUUUAAAUCAACAUAAAAAACACAAGAUACACUUACAAUUAGUGCACCAACCCAAAAAACCCUCCCUCCCCCAUUCACACUCAUUCACACUCAUUCACACAAAAGGGUUGUUUCUUUCUGUUAUUAAUAUUCUGGUUCCUACAUUAUAUAUCAAUAUAUAUCAAUACAGUCUGCAAGGGAUACAGUCCGUAAGCAAACAUGAUUGUGCGUGCUGCUGGUCCAC